AUGACCGGCGCUACCGGCGCAAUCUACGGCAUCCGCGCCCUCCAAUUCCUCCGCACCCUAGGCGUAGAAACCCACCUCAUAAUGUCUAAAUGGGCACACGCAUCCAUCAAAUACGAAACACCCUGGACACCCGAAUCCAUCGCUAACCUCGCCACAGCCCGCAACUAUUCCAUCCGCGACCUCUCCGCACCAAUGAGCAGCGGCUCGUGGAAAUCCGAUGGAAUGCUGAUUGCACCGUGCAGUGUGAAAACACUCGCUGCGAUCCGCGCGGGGUAUGCAGAGGAUUUGAUAUCGCGGAGUGCGGAUGUUUGUAUUAAGGAGAAACGGCCGUUGGUGUUGGGGGCUAGGGAGACGCCGUUGAGGGUGAUUUAUUUGGAGAAUAUGUUGGCGUUGGCGAGGUUGGGGGUUGGGAUAUUUCCGGCUGUGCCGGCGUUUUAUAUGAGGCCGAAGGGGUUAGAGGAUGUUGUUGAUCAUAGUGUGGGGAGGAUGAUGGAUUAUUUUGGGAUUGAGUCGGAUGAGUUUAUGCCUGGGGGGGAGAAGGUGGGAGGAGUUUCAGAAGUAGUUACAUUUCUCUUGUGCGGACAGUCCUUGUAUAGUUGGUGGUUAGGCAAAGUGUAUUGUAUACACCAGACGGAACAAAAAUGA